UUUCUUGGCUAUCCUAUUCACUAUUCAGAGUUCUUAUCAGCUAGGCCUGUGUCUCCUCCAAAAUGGAAACAUUAAUGGCUAAGUUAAUGGCUCUGAUUCUUUUCCUAUCCAUGAUUGCACCAAAAAGGGUGUUUGCUGAAUAUGAGCAAUGGUGCAUAGCUGAUCCGCAAAGCAGCGACGAUGAGUUGCAGGCGGCGCUGAAUUGGGCUUGUGGAAGUGGAGGUGCAGAUUGUAGCAAAAUCCAGGUGAACCAACCAUGCUAUUAUCCAAGCACUUUGAAAGACCAUGCUUCCUAUGCCUUCAACAGCUACUUUCAGAAGUUCAAGCACAGAGGUGGUUCUUGUUUCUUCAGAGGUGCUGCCAUUACAACAGAAGCAGAUCCUAGUCAUGAUUCUUGCCACUUUGACUUCAUUCCCUAAUUGGAACUGUCACUGAGGACUAAAAAAUAGCUGCAGCAGAAUCUAUAGCUUAGAUUUUAUUUUUCCUUUCUUUUCAUUGAGGCUGUGUAAUCCCCAUCAAGCAUUGUGCUCUUGCCUUGUUUUAUUUCUUAAUUAAUUGAGUUUAAUCUCAGUCUAAGACUGAGAAAUUCAUUAAAUCUUAUGCAAAUUAGUGUCCAAUCUCAAAGAGAUUAAUGAUAUUUUUCCCCCUCCACAUUGAUUAUUGAUGUAUGAGAAAGUUCUGCUUGAU